ACUUUCAUGUUUUCAGCCCACGGACUUCCCGCUUCCUGCUCUCCUCUCUUUUCCCUCUGAAAGUCGCGGUUUCACUUCAAUCAUCUUCUCCCUCUAAACCCCCAAAUCAAAACUGUAACUUUCACCCAAACGUUUAUUGCCCCUCACUGUAACUCCUUUGAGAUCUCUCUCUCUGAGCGGUUUGUCUCCAAUCCAACCAAUCGCGCGCGCUCUCACUCCCUCUCAGAUCUGAUCCUGCUUAAAUUCAUUGAAUUAUAGAGUUAAAAAAUUAAGGGCUGUGUUAUAAUGAGUUAGUGCUUGAAAUUCAUUCUUCCCGGCCUGAUGGAGAAGGAGGCUUCACCUAAGGAAAAUAUCACAAGUCUUGUGGAUGCUCAAGAUUUGGACAAAGAUACACUUGCUCUUCAGAAAGAUCAGGGUGAACCAUCAAAGGAGACAAAAACUCCGAGUACAAGCACUGGUGGUCCCAAGUUAGACAAUGAUGGUGGAGAAGAUGUACUAAUUGAUAAGACCGCCAGGAGCGAGGAUGUGAAGUCUAAAGAUGGGGGCAAAAACUUGGACAAUAACCCAAGUCACGGUGACAUAGGUGGGAAGAUUGAUGAGAGUAGGGAUUUGGAAUCAAGAGUUCAAGACAAAGAAUUAGACUCCGAUAAGGGACAAAGGGACUCUGCUCAUAAGGUGGAGUCCAAAGAACAACAAGAAAAAUUGCACAAAGAUGGUUUACAUGGUAGCUUGGGUAGGAAGGCAGAUGAAAGCAAGGAUUUGGAGUCCAAAAAUCAGGAGACAAAUCAAACCACAGAUGAAAUUCUUGGUGAGGAGGAAGAGCAAGAGCCGGUGUUUGAUGGAAACGAGAUUCCCGGGAUGGCAGCUAACAGAAGUAUGUCCACUCGUUCUUUAGAUCUUGAUUCAGAGAACCAGGGGGUAGUUGAAAAGGCAGUGGCACUUAAAAACCUUGUUAAGGUUAAGGGUGUAGUUGUGGUCUCCACAUUUCUGCGUCGCCUUUCUGGCAAAAGAGAUGAAGAUGGUGAUGCAGAAAACAAAGCUGCACAGAGGGAGGAAGUCACUGAAGGACGAGCACAAGCUAUAGCCAUAAAAGGAAGAAUUAUUCUGUACACAAGAUUAGGAUGCCAGGACUGCAAAGAGACUAGGUUAUUUUUCCACAGGAAGAAGCUCCCAUAUGUUGAGAUCAAUAUUGAUGUGUAUCCCAGUAGAAAGCUUGAGUUAGAGAAAUUUGCUGGGUCUUAUGCUGUUCCAAAGGUUUUCUUCAAUGAAAUCCUGAUUGGAGGCUUAAGUGAGCUAAAGGGAUUGGACGAGUCUGGAAAACUUGAUGAGAAGAUUGAAUAUCUGAUUAGUGAAGCACCGUCAUCAGAAGCUCCUUUGCCGCCACUUUCGGGUGAAGACGAUUUGUCCAACAGUGGAGCUAUUGAUGAACUAGCUUUACUUGCCCGGAAAAUGAAAGAAUUUGUUGAUGUGAAGGACCGUUUUCAUAAAAUGCGCAGGUUCACAAACUGUUUUUCAGGUUCAGAAGCAGUGGAUUUCUUAUCAGAGGAUCAGUAUCUGGAAAGGGAAGAGGCUAUUGAAUUUGGGAGAAAGCUUGCAAGCAAACUCUUUUUUCAGAAUGUUCUUGAGGAAAACCUGUUUGAGGAUGGGAACCACUUGUAUCGGUUCUUGGAUGAUGAUCCAAUUGUAUCUCAAUGUCAGAACAUUCCAAGGGGUAUAAUUGAUGUAAAGCCAAAACCCAUCCUAGAAAUUGCAUCAAGGUUGAGGUUUUUAUAUUGUGCAAUUCUUGAGGCCUAUGUGUCAGAGGAUGGAAAGCAUGUUGAUUACAGAAGUAUCCAUGGAAGUGAGGAAUUUGCAAGAUAUAUGAGAAUAGUAGAAGAGCUUCAAAGAGUGGAAGUGAAGGAUAUGAAGAGGGAGGAGAGACUUGCUUUCUUUAUAAAUCUCUACAAUAUGAUGGCCAUCCAUGCGAUAUUGGUAUGGGGUCAUCCAGCCGGAGCAAUAGAACGAAAGAGGAUGUUUGGAGACUUCAAUUAUGUUGUUGGUGGGUCCACAUACUCACUUUCAGCUAUUCAAAAUGGUAUUUUACGUGGAAACCAGCGACCACCAUACAAUCUCAUGAAGCCAUUUGGUGCAAAAGAUAAGCGUUCGCCGGUGGCUCUUCCUUACCCAGAACCUCUUAUUCAUUUUGCGCUGGUUUGCGGUACUCGAUCUGGCCCUGCUCUUCGCUGCUAUUCUCCUGGUGACAUUGAUAAAGAGCUGAUGGAAGCAGCCCGUGAUUUCUUAAGAAAUGGAGGUCUUUUUAUCGAUUUUGAUUCCAAGGUUGCAUCAGCUAACAAGAUUCUUAAAUGGUUUAGCAUAGAUUUUGGUAAGAAUGACGUAGAGGUACUGAAGCACUCGUCAAACUACCUCGAUCCAGCUGUCUCGGAAGCUUUACUGGAAUUUCUUGCCGACUCUCAGUUGAAGGUGAUAUACCAGCCUUAUGACUGGGGUUUGAACUGCUAACGACGAUAUGAAAUCUUUCUUGCAUACCAUAAACAACUUUAAAUAGCUCCCCCUGUUUUACAAAAUAUAGCAUUAGAGAAGUGAUGAGAUAUACCAUCAUUAUUCUAUCCAUUUAUAGUUUGAUAGACACACACCAGAUGCAUUUUCCGAUGAAUAGAUCGGCAAGGCACAUUGAAAAUGUAGUUUUACUUGGCUUGAAUUACAAUGAUGCAGUCUUAUGUCUUUUACCGUUUAUGUUUA